AGUCCGGAACCAGUUCUACGGCGCGCGUGUUUUGCCAGCUGUUCUUCAUUUACCUCGCUCAAAUUUAAUUUUUUGUUUACCUCGUGAAUUGGAAUCCGAGAUGUCCACAAAUGCAGCAAUAGAACUGGCCCUGGAUCGGGUGGACUGGCGAGACCUAGCUGCCCACGCAGAUAACCUUCCCAGGGUCUACACUCCCGGAGAAGUGCUGAUGCCGGAAGCGGGAUUCAUGCGUGGUCACGGAACCUUCGUGGAGGACGAAAACAUAAAAGCCUCUGUAGCAGGAGUGAUUCAGAAGGUAAACAAGCUCAUAUCAGUGCGUCCCCUGAAGAGUCGGUAUGUGGGCGAAAUCGGAGACGUGGUGGUGGCACGCGUCAGUGAGGUGCAGCAAAAGCGCUGGCGAGUAGACACCAACUCCAGGCUGGACUCCGUUCUUCUGCUCUCCUCGGUGAAUCUUCCGGGAGGUGAACUCAGGCGGAGAUCCGCGGAAGACGAACAGAUGAUGCGGCGCUAUCUGGACGAAGGAGAUCUCAUCUCUGCGGAGGUCCAGAACAUCUUCGAGGAGGGAACCCUUUCCCUCUACACACGCAGUUUGAAGUACGGAAAACUGUCGCAGGGCAUCCUAGUUAAGGUUUUUCCCGCUCUCGUCAAGCGGCGCAAGAUGCACUUUCACAAUCUGCCCUGCGGCGCCUCCGUGAUCCUGGGUAACAAUGGCUACAUCUGGAUAUCACCGACCAAAGGUCAAGAGCAGGAGGGUGGCGAGGGAGGAUUCGCUCAAAAUUUGAACGAGCAUAUACCGCGAGUUGACCGGGAAGUGAUCGCCCGGUUAAGAAACUCCAUCCUGGCGCUGGCUAAGUGCAAGUUGAUGAUCUACGACACCAGCAUCCAGUACGCCUACGAGGAGUCCCUCAAGUACGAGGCCCACGAGCUGCUCCAACAAAAUGUCAUCUACGAUAUUGGCGAACAGACGCAGGCUCGACUGAGGGACUCCGAUGAUUAGUUUGAGGAUUAGAAAUACGAUAAAUAAAUACAGCUUAUAUUUUUUCUAUUUCGAAAA